CUCCACGUCUCAUCUCCUCACCCUUCGCCGCCGGCGCCGACGACAGCCGGAAAUCCGUACGCCACCGCCGUUCUUCCAGGCCGAUCGGGUCUUUUCGGUUUGUUGCUUCUUGUUGUUGUUCUCGUCUUCGUGGGUUUCCGUUCUUUUGAUCUCCCUUGUUGAACUCCCGAUCGGAUCUGAUAAUCGAGGAUCUUAUCGUCUUCCUUUUCUUCGGAUUUCGAUCUUAUAAAGGAGGAAUCGGGCUAGAUAGAGUGAAGUUGUCGAGGUAAAUGCUUCGGGAAAUCCAUCGCGGUUGCUGCAACCGUCGAGGCCUGGAGACAGAUGUUCCGUGACAACGAUUCCGCCUUGUCCUGCUUCUACCUCUACUUGCUGUGGCUCUUCUUCCGGAGAUAAGUAGUAGCUCGAUUCCCAAGUGUGGGAGAGUCGUUGGAGAUCGAGCGUCGAUUAAAUCGGACAAAAAAGCUUUGGCUUUUACUGUAUCCAUCGGAGAGGAGGAAGGAUGUUGGACCUCAACGUGGCAUCCUCGGCCGAGUCGACGGCUGUCGCCGAGAAGGCUAUUGGCGAGUAUACCGGUGUCGUUGGCUCGGAGACGUCUGAGUCGUCUGUCCUCAACGUGGAGACCUCCACGAGUGCGGCGGCCGAUGAGGACUCGUGUUCCACACUGCCGGUCACCGCUCCCGCCUUCGAGUUCGGCAUAUUGAAGAGAUCUGCGUCAGCCGAGGGCGAGAAUGAUGUGGAUGAAGAGAUCGAGGAGGACGGGAAUGAUGUCUCGCAAGAGUCCGGGUUAAUUACCCGGCAGCUGUUUCCGCCCCAGCCGGUGCCACAACCAUUCGUGGCGGCUUCCUCUUUGCCGUCCUCAUCGAGAUCACAGUGGACGGAUUUUAGCUUCCGCCAGGCCGAUAUUUCAUCGAGUGGGAGAGUUCUCCAUCCUCAACAGCAGCAGCAGCAGCAGCAACAACAGCCGCAGCCACAGCAACAGCAGGCGAAGAAGAGUAGAAGGGGGCCUCGAUCCCGCAGCUCCCAGUACAGGGGAGUCACGUUCUACCGGAGGACAGGAAGAUGGGAAUCCCACAUCUGGGACUGUGGGAAGCAGGUCUAUUUGGGAGGCUUUGACACUGCUCAUGCUGCCGCAAGAGCAUACGAUCGAGCCGCAAUAAAGUUCAGGGGAGUUGAUGCUGACAUCAAUUUCAAUCUUAGCGACUACGAGGAAGAUCUGAAACAGAUGAGCAAUUUGACGAAAGAAGAAUUUGUGCACAUACUUCGCCGACAAAGCACUGGAUUUUCAAGGGGUAGCUCCAAAUAUAGAGGGGUGACCCUUCACAAGUGUGGUCGCUGGGAAGCUCGCAUGGGGCAGUUGCUUGGCAAGAAAGCUUACGACAAGGCAGCUAUAAAAUGCAAUGGGAGGGAGGCUGUCACCAAUUUUGACCCGAGUACCUACGAGGGACAGCUAUUUACUGGUGCUGAUUCUGAAGGGCACAAUGUAGAUUUGAACUUGAGGAUUUGUCAACCUGUUGUACAUAGCCCAAAGAAGGAUCAAAAUCUGCCAGGCAUCUUGUUCCCCUUUGGCUCAUUUGAAUCUUCUGCCCUAGUAAAGGUUAACAACCCCCCUCCGCAACCAAUUCUUGUUCGUCAUGACAUUGAUAUGCCCAAUGAGAGUUCUCAUGCGUGGACUACUCGAAGACUGUCUUUCUAUUCCACCAAUGAGGAAAGAGCCAGAGAAAAGAAGCCCAUGAUGGGAGUGCAAGCUCUCCCAAGCUGGACAUGGCAGAUGCAUUGCCCAACUCCUUUGCCGCUGUUCUCUUCUGCAGCAUCAUCAGGAUUCUCGACUGCCAGCACCACUACAGCUGCCAUUCCUCCCCUGAAGCCUCAUUCCUCAUGGCCAUCUCCAUUUCCACCCACCAGCCAUAUCUAGUUGCUACUCCAAAAGCUAAAGAUGAUCUUUCUAACGGCCGUGUUGCAGCUUUUGCAUCUAUGUAUUUAAUAUAGGUGUUAGGCUCUUCUUGGGUUUUGAUUUGGAAUUGGCAUUGAGGUGAAUGCUUGGAAGUUUGAGAUUGAUCCCUUUUCUCUUUUUUUAUUGUUGUUUUUUGUUUUGUGAGUUGAGAAUAAGUAGGACUUGAGACUUAAUGCCUCAUCAGAAGCGGAUGAAAAGAUUUGUUCAUA